AAGGCAGUAAAUGGCACCAACUGAGAAACACAGUCAUUUGUGUUAUUCAUUGACUCCCACGCUUUCUUGCAAAGUAAUUAAUAAAACCAUAAAACUGUGUUUGCCUCGCUAUUGACUUCCAAGAUGAUGAAUCCCCUGGUGGUUUUUGAGUUGUUUUGUUUGAAAAUGCGAUUUCUGAUUGGACGAUUUGACUCUGGUAAUGAUUCAGUGUGGGAAAGUUUCAGUCCUUCUCACUCACACUGAGAUGACCAAGGAGCCUGUAUGAGAAACCAUGUGCUCGCUUGUUGACACUUACUGCCAUAUGGGACUGCAAGCUGCCCGGCGCUAAAUAGGCCACGGCGUAUUGCAGGUUAUCAAAAGGUGCAGCCUGUCAGGUGUACAUGUAGGCACACGUAUCUGUUUCGUCGUCAUAUUUCCACUGAUGGACAACAAACCACAGCAAACAUAGUGAAGGAGGAAGUGGAAGGUGUCUGGUUGGGGGCCGCCGUGACGCUGCUUCCUGUUCCCAUGACUGAGUUACCGUUUCCAUCGGAGUUGUUAAAAGAGACCGUGGGUGCGCACUUUGUCUCAUUCCUCCCACUGUAUCUGCUGGCCUGCUUGUUCCUCUCUGUGGAUUAGUAACUCGUACCAUGCUGUUAUUUUGCCGACAGCUCGCCUGAGGUGAAAGAACGCUGGUUAGAUACACUUCACAGAAAAAUUAAAGACGCAAAAGCGAGGGUUGGUUGUGCCUUUCCACCUCCAGACGUCCUCAUGAAGGUGUUGAGUGGCAACAUCACAACUAAAACUCUAACAGGAGGUAGCAUGGACCAAUUAAUUGAGUUGCCACUUGAUGGUGAUGCAAAGACCUGUGCCCCGCCAAAGCCGUUGAAUAACCAAGAGGACAAGCUGCCGCAGCCCAUUGAAGCCAAGUGGAAACUGGUGAAGAAGCUGAGAAAAGGCUCUAGUUUCAUCAGCAGAGCGCGCCGAUCCGAUACAGACACCAAGACACAGCUGUUUGGACAGCCCCUCUGCAAGAUAUGCCCAGACGACUGCUCACUUCCCAAACCCGUCGCAGAGAUGCUGGUGUUGCUGAGGAAGAAAGGCCCGUCCACAGAGGGGGUGUUUCGGAAAGGGUGCAACAGCAAGAACAUGAGGGACAUCCGGGAGCAGCUCAGCAGCGGCGUGGAGGUGGACCUGGACGAUCAGCCGGUUGUUCUGCUCGUCGGGCUGCUCAAAAGCUUUCUGAAGGAACUUCCUGGCAGCCUGCUGGUGUCUGAACUUUAUGACGACUGGAUGACGGCUCUGGACCAGGAAGACACCCAGCAGAGGGCUAUAGAAAUCAGAAAGGUGGUAGACAAGGUCCCGGGGGCCAACAAACUCCUCCUGCAGCAUCUAGUUUGCGUCCUCCAUCACAUCCUGGAGAGUGCUGACAAAAACAAGAUGGACGCCUACAACCUGGCGGUGUGCAUCGCCCCCACGCUGCUGCAGCUGGACGGCACCCCGCUGGAUGAGCAGAAGGAGAAGACUGAAAAGGUCACCAAGCUAACUCAGUUCCUGAUAGAGCAUUCUGAGAUACUUGGGGAUAACAUCCCAAAUCUGCUGGAUGCUGAUGACGACUCGCUGUCCUCUCAGCAUCAUGACUCUGCCUAUGACAGCACCGACCCAGAUGGAGAUGGGGAGGCGGGAGAGAGUGCCAGCUCCACGCAUGGAGAGCGCGGUUCAUCUUCCUCCCUCAGUCCCAGCUUCACCGCCUCCUCUUGGCCAGCUGAUGCUAUCUUCAACACAAAGCCAGCAUUCAACCGUCGCUGCUCUGAGCCCAUCAUCCUCCUCUCACCCAAUCUCAAGAGCCUGUGCGGCCACGCCAGGAGCCAUGACGACUGCUCGGUGGAGAGGAGGGACUUUGAGGAGCAACCUCUGAAAAAGCAGAUCUCAGAUGACUCCUUCUUGCUCAGAGGACGAGGUGGAGCGAGGUCGGUGGUGUCUUUUCCAAAACUGAGCAGCAGCUCCACCAUGGAUCAACUUCCCUACACCGCAGGCGCUCGCGUCAAGGACUGCUCAUGCUCUUCCCUCGACAGUGCCGCCUCUAAUCAGUCAGAAGGCUCCGUUUUCACCAGUUCACCUGCAGGGUCUCCAGCCUGCCCCCGGAGAACAGACACCACCAACCAGUCUUCAGUGGCUGCAAAGGCUCAGCAGGACAUUGCCAGACCGCUUUCAGACGUGAAGAGGCGUUCACAGUCCAUGAGAGCUACCAGUAAAGUCCUACUGAGGACCAGGAGCUUAGGGGCCUUCAGCAGGAGCAGCCUGAAGAAAGACUCUCAGAAGGAAAACUCCUUCCCUUGUGAAACUCUUCAGGAGGACUCUCUGAGUGAAGCAGACCCACCAGUUGAGCUUCUGCACAAACCGCGCCCCCUGUCGGCCAUCGAAGUGUUUAAGCUUGUGGACAGCAGGCAGCCCUGCAUGCCUCCAUCAUACGAGUACGCUGUGCAGAACACGGGUCUUCCUCCACAGUACGGCUCGAUGACCGUACACCAUGCUGUAGAGCUGGAGAGAAGGUCCCGUCCAUCCUCUGUAAAUUAUGAUUUCCCUCCUACCUGUUCCGUCAACCAGUACAUAGACUGUUUUGCUCAGGCAGAACAAGACAAAGCCAUCGCUGUCGAGCGGCGGCAGCCUUUCCGCCAGAGAGCCAUGUCUGAGUCUGUGUCUGCAGGUCAUCAUGAGGUUGUGUCGCGGAGAUGUAGCCAGCCCGUGUUUGAGGAAUUUUCUUACGCCAAGGAGUCUUACGUUUGAUUGACUUUGGAACUGUUUCACCUAUUGGAUUUGGGAUGUACUAACAUUUAUCGGAGUUAAAUAUCAGUGCGCAGAGCAGACCAGCCAGUUUUUAAACUGCAAGUUAGGCCGGCUUUUUUUUGUGUUCAUUCUCUUUUAUUGGUUUGACGGAGAAGCUGUGUUUUUCAGGCUCUCCCUGCUGAGCAGCUCCGUUUCAGAGAAAUGCUUGUAUAUGUGUGUCCAAUCUGUUAAUGUUUCACUGUUUCACUUUGAAUGAAUGUCAGCUGUGUGCUGCCUCUAAGGUUGCACUUUCUCAGUAGUACUAUUUAGAGUACAGCGUUUAAGAGAUAUUUCAUGAUAGAUAUCUACAUCACAAUGAAGCUAAUGAAAACACAGCUAGCUGUGGAUAAAAUAUGCUAUAAGUUUUGUUUGAAGAGUUUGUUGGCAUAUGCACAGUAUAUAGUAUAGUGUAGUAUAGCAAGCUGAGCACAAUGUUUUUUGGCUUUUUUGUAAACCCUUCGUCUUUCUUCCACUACAUUAAAGCACUUUUCUGAUAAUAUUCAACGCUUUGUUUAUUUGUAAGCUAAGCUGUAAAUAAAGUGAGGAUGCAAUAGGUAUAAAUGGGCAAUCCCCAUGUAACAGCAUGUAAGACAUGUUACACAAUAAAAAGAAAUA